AUGCCCUUCGACUCGCCUUCACGACAAAUCUAUGCGCAAACGGUUGUGACGCAGGAGAGUCGUAAUAUCCUUCUUAGUCCCAAGAAGGCACCGCGGUUGAUCAGCAAAGUGCCCUUCAAAGUCCUGGAUGCACCUGAUCUGCGGGAUGACUUCUAUCUGAACCUGGUCGAUUGGUCGUCUCAAAACGUGCUGGGAGUUGGUUUAGGAAGCUGCGUCUAUCUCUGGAGUGCCCUAACAAGCAAGGUCACUCAACUCUGUGAUCUUGGCGAAAAUGACAGUGUUACCUCCAUCAACUGGAUCUCAAUGGGGUCGCAUUUGGCUGUCGGUACAGAUAAUGGGCUAAUUCAAAUCUGGGACGUACAGAACAGUCGGCGAGUCCGGACUAUGACCGGUCAUACCCAACGAGUCGGUGUUUUGGCAUGGAACGAUCAUAUUCUAACCUCUGGGAGUCGCGAUCGGCACAUCUAUCACCGCGAUGUGCGUUCGCACGAGAUGUGGCAGCACGAAUUGACGAGCCAUACCGGAGAGGUUUGCGGACUAAAAUGGAACAGCGCAGGAACGCAGCUCGCCAGUGGAGGCAACGACAACAAACUGAUGGUCUGGGAGAGGGACGCGCUCCGGCCGCUGUACAAGUUUAGAGAUCACAAUGCAGCUGUGAAGGCUAUCGAUUGGAACCCACACCAGUCUGGACUCCUAGCGAGCGGAGGCGGUACCGCCGAUCGACAUAUCCGAUUUUGGAACACAACUACCGGUGUAUCUGUUGGUGCCACGGACACAGGGUCGCAGGUAUGCAAUCUAGCAUGGUCCAAGACGACGAACGAGCUGGUCUCGACACAUGGAUACUCACAGAAUCAAGUGUUGGUGUGGAAAUACCCGAGCAUGCAGCAGAUCACUUCACUUUCCGGACAUUCAUAUCGUGUUCUGUACUUGGCCCUGUCUCCCGAUGGCCAGACGAUUGUCACAGGCGCCGGAGAUGAGACCCUACGAUUCUGGAACGUCUUCCAGAAGAGUCGGGCAGAAAGGCGAGAAGACGAUGGACUCUCUGGUGUCGUCGCGACAAUCCGUUAA